ACUCAGAAAAGGAUGCCAAGCCCCCAGAAAAUGUCUCAAGUGAAGUCAAGCCAACCAAGAGUGCCACCGGCCCAGCUUUGGCAGAUGAUAACUGGCCGGCCCUACAAGAAGUCAUAGUUGCUGAGUCAAAUCAAACUGUGCCUCUCAAGGUUCCAAAAGCCCUGAAAGUGAAAGGAAAUGGUUCAACAACUUCGACAGAGGCAGUCGUCGCAGUAGCAGCAUCUGUAGACACAGCUGAAGUUCCAGUAGUCAGUGUUGUGGAGGAACUGGCGCUUGUGGAUGCCAAAAGUGUCACCACACUUGCAGAGAGCAAACAGACAUUGCAGGCUCAGCAGCAGAGCGACUCUGGAGGGGAUGAUUCUUCCAAAGAAAACAAGGAAAGUGCAGUCAAUGGAGACGACACAAACAAUGCUGCCAAAGGAAAGAAAGCUACAAAACCAAAAUGGCAAAGAAUGGAGAUUGACCACCCGAAACCAGAUAGACGCAACAGACGUAGCCGAAGCCAAGGUCGUGGGUUUUCUCCAAACAGACGUGAUGGUCGUCAUGCUGGAGAACGUUACCGCCCGGAUAGUCGCAGAUCUGAUGCCGGUCCAGAUUCCCAGAACUGGAGAGCCAAGUUGACCCCAGGGGGAAAUGCUCCAGAUGCUGCAGCUGUUGGAGCUUUUGGUGGAAUACGUGGACGUGGUCGUGGCGGAAUCCGUGGGAAUGCUCGUGGAGGGCGAGGCGGCGGCAGAGGAGGAAGAGGUGGACUAAGAGAUGCUUCAUCACCCCUAUUUCCAAGCAACUGGAGCACCGAUCAGGCCUUCCCAACUGUCCCCACAGAUGCUGACACUGUUCAAGCAUUUCCUUGGAACCGGGGAUUUAAUGGGGUUCAGAAAAUACCCCGUGUGCCUCCGAUAAACCUCACAGUGAUGCUAGGAAUGGACAACCUGUUCAUGCAGGAGCAUUUGCUAAAUAUGAUCGGUGGACAAACCCCAGUGUACUAUGGGGCAACUCCUCAGUCGUAUACUCCAGGGACUUUGAAGCAUCAAAUAGAAUACUACUUCAGUGAAGACAAUCUAGUGAAGGAUCUUUUCCUGAGGAAGAAGAUGGACAAAGAAGGCUGGGUGAAGCUAGAUCUGGUUCUCAGUUUCAACAAAGUCAAAGAGAUGAAUGCAGAUUAUGAAAGUCUGGUUAAGGCCAUUAAAAAAUCUGAUAAACUGGAGCUCUCAGUGAAUGAAGAUGCUGUGAGAACCAUUAGCUCUCCCGAAAAGUGGCCAAUUGACGAUGAAAUUAAAAGCUUAAUUCCGCCGCCUGGCAUCCAGACAGUUGCAGCAGCGUCCACAUUACAUCUGGACGCUCCAGAAUUUGUUCCUGGCAAACCAUUUGUUCUACGUUGUUUAAAUAACAAUGCUACAGAUUUGCAGAGUGAAGCCCAGCAAGAGAAGCGCAACACUUUAGAUUCCGGAAGUCAGGGCAAGCACACCGACGAAGAGCACGACAGUCUGCUGUGUGAUGCUACAAGCAAUCUCACCACCAUUCCCCCAAUGCUGUCUUCAAGCGCACCACAGUUGUCAUUUGAUGAAUGGCAAACAGUACAGCACAAAGUAAAAAAGAAAACCGGAAACAAAGAGAAAUGUACUGAGGAAAAGGAUAGGAUGGUCAGUUCGCGCAUGGAAGAUGACCGAGAGGAGUUGGACUUCAUGUUCGACGAGGAGCUUGACAGCCUAAAUGUGGGCAGGGCUAACAACUUCACAGACUGGUCAGAUGACUCCGAAGAUGAGAUUGACGAUAAUGACAUCAACAAGAUCCUGAUUGUGAUGCAGACGCCGCCAGCAGUGCGCAAACAUCCUGGCGGUGACAGAACCGGCGACUAUACCAAGAGGUCAAAGAUCACAUGUGAGCUGAGCAAAGUGAUCAACGAUGGUCUGUUUUACUACGAGAAAGAUCUGUGGGAUACUGGAGAUUUUUCGAAUGACUAUAGCUUCAAAACUGUGAAUGUGAUUACCAAAGAAGAAUUCGACAAGAUUACACCUUCAAGGUCAUCCCUCGAUUUGGAAGAGCAGGAAAUACCACCGCCGCCUCCUCCACCAGCAAGUAUUACCGAAAGCAAGAAGGUGCCAACUCCACCAUCAUCCCAAGCCGGACAUGCUGAUAUUGCCCGGUCACUGCCUGCGUGGGUUCCUGACACUCCAGGCAGACGAGAACAGGGUCCGAGGACACCCAGGCAUGACCGCAAGGAGCCUCGCUUUUACCCAGUUACAAAAGAGCCCGGCGCACCCAAGGAUCCUCAAACACCACGGAAAAAGAAGACUAGGCACAGCAGUAACCCACCCUUGGAGUCCCAUGUCGGGUGGGUGAUGGACAGGAAAGAGCACCGAGCCCGCUCAAGACAUAAUUCUUCAUCGCUUGCUUUGCCAUCAGCCAGCCCGUCGGACAGCUACCUGGGCUCCAGCUACGGCUCUACGCCAGUGUCGAUGCCUCACUUUGAACACCCCUCGCACGAGCUGCUAAAAGAGAAUGGAUUUGUUUGGCAUGUUUACAAUAAAUUUCAUUCCAAGUGCCUUAAAGAACGCAAACGUCUUGGCGUGGGUCUGUCUCAGGAAAUGAACUGUUUAUUCCGCUUCUGGUCAUUCUUCCUACGCCAGCAUUUUAAUCGCAAGAUGUACACUGAAUUCAAAACAUUAGCUAUUGAGGAUGCCUCCAAAGGUCACAGAUAUGGUCUUGAGUGUCUGUUUCGGUACUACAGCUACGGCUUAGAAAAGAGGUUUCGAUUAGAAGUCUUCCAGGAUUUCCAGGAGGAGACCAUGAGAGAUUGUGCAACCGGUCAGCUGUACGGUCUUGAAAAGUUCUGGGCCUUCCUGAAGUACUCCAGGCGCCAGGUCGACGUCCACCCAGAAUUGCAAGAAAAGCUGUCUCAUUACAAGAAGCUGUCAGAUUUUCGAGACGAUGAUGCUCCAGGACAGUCUUAA